AUGGAGAUGUCCGACCCGGAUGUCAACGAAACCGAAUUAAUGACGUCAUCGCCACCUGCUCAGUUUGUACCUUUCAUUAGCGACGAGGAGUGGGCGAUAAUAUCAGUGGUCAACUUUACGUUCAUCUGUGGUCUUGGAUGUCUGACCGGCAUGGUAACCAAUGUCAUCAACAUCGUAGUUUUCGCCAAGCAAGGAUUCCACGACAGUAUGAACGUUAGUCUUAUGGGCCUUGCAGUGUCCGACCUGGGCUCACUGGUGACCACGUUCUGGAUGAGCAUCUGUUUCAACCCUCUGUUCAUUGCGGCUGACCUGCCUAUUGACGUGAAGGAGGUCAUGAACACGCUAGGUGGCCGGCCACACAUUAUCUUUGCCAGGAUCACCAGUUUUAUCACUGCGUUCAUCACCUUCGAGCGAUGUCUGUGUAUUUCCUUGCCACUCAAGGUCAAGAUGAUCAUCACACCCAGGAGAACGAAGAUCAUCAUCAUCUUUAUCUUUAUCCUCAUGUUCAGCUAUCCUCCACUAUACGUCGGUAACAGACUAGAGUGGGUUUUCGAUUCCUCCAGGAAUGCUACAAUCCUGACAGUCGAGUUCAACGAGGAGGUGAUAAAAAUAGAACCGGUCGCUUUUUUCCUCUACGGGGUUACGUUUUCCCUACUCUCCUUCGUCUUCGUCAUCUGCUGUACCAUAGUUCUCGUCGUCAAACUGAACACCAAAACAAAAUGGCGGCAGGCCACGGCUGCUAAGGGCGCUAGCGCACCGGAAGGAGUUGGGGUCAAGGACAAAAAGGUUGUGAAAAUGGUGACCUUUAUCUCGUCCAUUUUCAUCGUCUGCUUCGGACCUUCCUCGUUGAUGUUUGUCGUAAUGGCCCUGGAGCCAAGAUUUCGCCUGAAUGGCGCGUUCACGAAUCUGUACAUGACCCUGUGGUCUGCCUCGUUCAUUCUGGAGACCGUCAACUCCAGUGUCAACAUGUUUGUGUAUCUGACAAUGAGCUCCAAGUACCGUGCGGUGUUCAUGAAAACUUUCCUUGGACGGGAGGAAAAGUAAUCCCAGCCGGCAAUCAUCUAAGUCAUCAAGGCCCAGAGAGCA